AUGACCAUCGUGACGUCAGUGGAUCCGCUUGUGGGAGGAGCCAGCGAUGCUUCACGAGCUGCAGUGUCUUGUGGGUAUUUCCUGUUUGAGAUGUCUGUUUUCGUGGAAAUAGAUAUCUUCAAACUGGUUUUGCUCAAUUGGAUCACAGCUCGAGGAAUAACUUGUCCUGGUGGAGAAAUGGCAGGGUUUUAUCGUGGCCAAAUUCCUUUUUACCCAAAUCAAGGAAAGAGGUUCUCUUCUCGAGAUGUCCGAGAUGAGCCGCCAAGGAAGAUUCCUGCGUUUCAAUUCAACGCCCGGCCAGGCUUUGCACCUGUGCCCUUUGUCAGUGAAGAAAGAGCUCACGAGAAAGAAAAUGGCCUGAGUGGGGGGAGUGUGGCCAGUUUUCGACAAGGGGAGUAUAAUCGCCCAUCCUUCAGUGAGAUAGGAAGUGGACCUGCCUUUGGAAGGGAGCCAUCCUACAGCUCCAGGAGUUUCCAUGGCAAGGUAUAA